AUGGCCAAUAAGAGAGACAUUGAAUCUUGCCCUGCCCUCAACACCACACGCACCCAGAGGAGCAACUGGCAUUUUGAUACUCAAGCGGUGUAUCAUAACACAAACGUGACACUUACGUGUGCCGCGGGGUACUGGUGGCAACCUCCGUCACUCAGCGGCCACCCCAAUAAAACCAAAACAGUGAACUGCGGAUCGGAUGGGAACUGGACACCUGCCUUAAAAGACUGUGUUCCGAUAACUUGCCCUGCCCUCAACACCACACGCACCCAGACGAGCAACUGGCAUUUAGAUACUCAAGCGGUGGAUCAUAACACAAACGUGACACUUACGUGUGCCGCGGGGUACUGGUGGCAACCUCCGUCACUCAGCGGCCACCCCAAUACAACCAAAACAGUGAACUGCGGAUCGGACGGGAACUGGACACCUGCCUUUGGAGACUGUGUUCCGAUAACUUGCCCUGCCCUCAACAACACACGCACACAGACGAGCAACUGGAACUUUGAUACUCAAGCGGUGGGUCAUAACACAAACGUGACACUAACUUGUGCCGCGGGGUACUGGUGGCAACCUCCGUCACUCAGCGGCCACCCCAAUGCAACCAAAACAGUGAUCUGCGGAUCAGACGGGAACUGGACACCUGCCCUUGGAGUCUGUGUUCCGAUAACUUGCCCUGCCCUCAACAACACACGCACACAGACGAGCAACUGGCACUUUGAUACUCAAGCGGUGGGUCAUAACACAAACGUGACACUUACGUGUGCCGCGGGGUACUGGUGGCAACCUCCGUCACUCAGCGGCCACCCCAAUACAACCAAAACAGUGAACUGCGGAUCGGACGGGAACUGGACACCUGCGCUUGGAGACUGUGUUCCGAUAACUUGCCCUGCCCUCAACGACACACGCAUCGAGGCGAGCCACUGGCACCUUGAUACCAAAACGUUCAGCGAUUCUACUGCGUUGCCUCAUAACACAACCGUGACACUUACGUGUGACGUGGGGUACUGGUUGGAACCUCCGUCAGUCAGAGGCAGCCCCAAACCAAGCCAAACAGUGAACUGCGGAUCGGACGGGAACUGGACACCUACUAUUCACGACUGUGCUCCGAUAAAUUGUGGUAAAUUAACCAUCGAUAACCGAAACCCGAAUCAUGCAGAAAUAGCAUGGCAUAGCGGAACGCUUUUUGGAGCUGCCACUACUGUAAGCUGCAUUGAGGGAUACAGAAUCGUGGGGCCACACAUCAACGAACUAGUAUCGGAGAAUAUCACGUGUAGGGCCGAUGGACUUUGGGGAAAUAUUUCUGGAUGCGAACCAAAAGAUUGUGGAAGACCAAAUGAACCAGUCCAUGGCUGGGUGAAUAUCUCGAAUGGAACAGGUGUAGGAAACACGGCAACAUUCUACUGUGAUAUAGGCUACACUGUAAAAGGAAACAAUAAAACAACAUGUCUUAACAACAACACCUGGGACCGUCCGACACCAGAGUGCAAAGUCAACGAUUGUGGGAACCUGGCGCAACCGCAUCACGGACAUGUGGAUACCUCUAACGGAACAACAUAUCUGUCCGUCGCCGUGUACUCAUGCAACGUUGGCUACACAUUGUCUUGCAAUGUAUCCCGUCUUUGUUACGCAAACAAGACAUGGAGUGACCAACCACCGAUAUGCACAUUAAACAAUUGUAAAGAUCCGAACCCCAUCUCAGAUGGUAACUACACCCUUUUGAACGGCACAACGACCUACGAGUCGACAGUACGAUAUUCGUGUGACGCAGGGUAUACACUGUACGGUACCGACAUUAGACGUUGUCUUGCUAACAGUAGCUGGACACCACUUGAUGUCAACUGUACAAUUAAAGAUUGUUUUGAUAAAGUUUCGCCCGAGUUCGCGAAUGUAACUUUCUGGAACGGAACAGUGUACGAGUCCAUAGCAACUGUAAAAUGUAAAGAAGGAUACAGAAUAUUCGGUCGUAACGAUAACUUGUUAACAGCGGAAAACAUAACGUGCACUGCCUACGGGAACUGGUCUAAAUAUGCUGGUUGUGAAAAGAAAGACUGUGGUAAAAAAGAGUCAUACGAUAACGCUUCUGUGCUCUGGACAAAUGAGACACGGUAUGAGUCUUCGGUAACUGUUCAGUGCGAAGAAGGAUAUCGAAUAAACGGUAGUCAUGACAAUAACGUAACCGAUGAAGAGAUAAAAUGCCAGGCGAAUGGUUAUUGGUCGAAACCACAAGGAUGUAUCAAAAAAGAAUGUCCAACGGAUAUCGAUGUUAAUCACGGUAAUGUGACAUAUUAUGGGCGUCUGUACCGUGACACUGCCUCUAUAAGAUGCUCCCGGGGCUAUAGAAUUAACGGCACGGAAGGCAACAACAUCGUAAAUCAAACUGUGAAGUGUCAGUCUACGGGCACAUGGCAACUUCCAAGUGGUUGUGUACGAAAAGAUUGUUUAGACAAAGAACAACCCGCUUAUGCGAGUGUUAAUUACUUGAACGGUACUCUUUACGAAGCAAUAGCAAUUAGCACAUGUCGAGAGGGUUACCGUACCACAGGAAGUAACACGAAUGGCAAUGUAUCGGAGGAAAUACAGUGUCUGGAUACGGGAUUAUGGUCUCAAGCAUCAGGGUGUGAACGAAAAGACUGCGGAUCAGCUGUAACCGUACACAACGCCCAUGUUAGCAUCCAACCAUCUGGAAAUACUUUAUACGAGGCCCAUGCGACUGUUACAUGCCUUACCGGGUAUCGGCUCUUCGGACUUCAUGACAAUCAUCAAGUUGAUGAACAAAUCCAGUGUCUCUCAAAUGGAUCCUGGCAACUUUCAUUUGGCUGUGAACGGAAAGAUUGUGGAAAUGAGUUGAACCCAAGAAAUGCCAACGUGACGUUUCCGAGCGGCACAACGUAUCAGUCAACUGCCACAGUGCAAUGUAUUGACGGAUACCGUAUACAGGGCCAAAACGACAACAAUAAAACGGUCGAACACAUUCCAUGCACUGAUGGCGGCCAUUGGGACGUGCCACAUGGAUGCGAAAGAAAAGACUGUGGAAAACCUCAUGACAUCAACAACGGAAAAGUUACGCGUGGAUCUUGGACGUUUGAGAGCACUGUAAACUAUACGUGUAACAAUGGCUACCACACCGUUGACGUAACCACUCUGAAGUGUAACAGCAGUGGUCUGUGGAAUAAUAAUCCACCAAACUGCACUGAUAUAGAUGAAUGCCAGAAGCGCGAUCAAAACGACUGUCACUACUACUCCAACUGCACGAACACACAGGGCAGCUACACGUGCAAGUGCAUCGAGGGUUAUGAUGAUCAAGAAGGGAACAGAGGUCGAAAGUGUGAAGAUCACAACGAAUGCGAAGACCCUCCGAAUACCCAGUGCAGCUUCUGGUUCAACAAAACGCGCGCAUGCGUGAACUUGCAGGGUGGCUAUAUUUGCAUUUGCAACAAGGGAUGGAACGGCACGAAAUGUGAUAAUGAUAUUAAUGAAUGUUUAGAACCACACCCAUGUGGUAAACAUGCUCACUGUACAAACCUAAUGGGAAGUUAUAACUGUUCAUGCCCGCCUCAAUUCCCGCAGGGUAACGCUUUCCUUGGCUGUUUCGAGCCUGUAAUCAUUUCAUUUGAGACCAAUGGUACAAGAUUCAAUGGUGACAACGAAAUCUUAGAUACAUUUCAAAUACCAAACAGGUUUCCGUACUUUGGAACAUACUACACGUUAUUCAGGCCAAGCAUGGAUGGAUUCCUCGCUCUCGACUUCCAGCCACUUUACAAUCAAUAUGGGGGCGAAACUCCCAGCGAAUGGACAGCUGCUAUUCAGAAGCAUAUCGUCAUUGCCCCGCUAUGGACUAACAUUGACAGCCGAAAUAUAUCAAAUGGUGGUCUUUGGAUUCACGUGUUGACUGACAAAGACAAGUCUGACGUGGUGAAAAUCCAGGACCUCAUUCGCCAAUACACCAACCAGACUGAGUUUAAUGUCAGUGUGGCCCUGGUCGCCACGUGGAAACACGUUACUAUUCACUCGCCUUACGAACCCGGAUAUGAACUCGUCACUCAUCAGAACCUUUCCAUGCAAGUCAUAUUAGUUACAGAUGGUAUGUACACGUACAUUAUGUUCAACUACGACAGAGAACAAUUCAGCAUAAGACCACUAACGGAAGUACCUGUUGCAAGUGGUUUCACGCAUUUGGACUAUUCCGCAUCCGUUCUGUCAACAAGAAACAACUUUACAAAUCUAAAUAAGGAAUCAAACGUUUACCCGGGAUUCCCGGGCCGAUGGCUGUAUAACGUUACAACUAUAACCGCCUCAAUGUGGAAUGAGACCAGAUGUUUGCAGUUUGUGAAGGAAAAUAACCGCACAUUAAAGAGCUGGAUAACAGAACAGCUUGUGUAUGCAUUACCAUGCCCCUGCCAAGAGGUGCUUAUGUUAGAGGAUUACACGUUUACUCGGAAAGAUGAGAUAUUACCUGGUAUUGGAACCAAGUUCACCCACACGACAUGCUACGAGUCCUGGUUCUUCAGCGCCUACGGGAUCAAACAGAGAUGCUGCUACAUGUUCAGCAAACUACAGUCUCAGUAUCCGGGGGCUGUAGCAGCGGAGUUUGAGAACACCACCAUUGCAUCACUCCUCCAGGAAGGCUACUACCAGUGCUGCUCUCCUGAGGGCAGCCAGAAAUACUGUCACUUGUACCAGCAGAUCAAUCCGCCUGAUGACUGCUCCAGAUACACGAUCAGCGAUGAGAUACCACUGGAGGACAAGAAAGACACUCCACAAAUUAAAGACGUGUCGGUGGAUGUGGAGAAAUUAGCAACGAAUCCUCGAAAUCGGGUCGUGAGAAAUGUACAAAGUGAUGGUGAGCAGAGAAAAUCCAUAUCAAAUGUUGACAGUAUUAAUAACGUGUCCAUGUUUAUGACUAUGUACAGAAAUCUGAAAAAGAUGUUUGGGUUCGGAUAAAAAAAUAUGAUUUUUCCCGAAGGUAAUCAUAUAACUUGACAUGAAUUGACGUAUUGCAUAAUUUGUGUGCAGUAGCGUGUAAGUUUGAAGAAAUGUAUGUGGUGAUUUUUUCCAGUCAUAAACAUUAUUGUUUCCAUACAUAUAGAACAUGUUGCAGUGUUAGUGUAGUGUGUGUAUUGUGUGAUGAUGAUACCAGUAUUAACAUCGUGUGUUGACAUAUUAAUCAGAAAAGGUUGUAAUAUAUACACAUUAUUUUCAAUUUUAAAA